CAUCCAUCUUCGGUUCUGCUAGCGACUCCUUGUGGAAUUACAGCAUCAUCAUGACUCUUGAAGAAGUUCUCAUCCAGAAGCCCAGCGAGAGGGCUCAGUGCACUGGAAAAGCACUGGAAGAAGUUUUGGGUUCUGCCAAAGCAAACGACUGCCUUACCAUUGGCGUUUACGAGUCUGCCAAAGUUAUGAAUGUUGACCCAGACUGCGUGUCUUUCUGCGUCCUGGCGAUGGAUGAGGAGUUUGAGUGCGACAUCGCUCUCCAAAUCCACUUCACUCUCAUCCAAGCCUUCUGUUUCGACAACGACAUCAGCAUCGUUAGAGUGAAUGACAUGCAGCGUCUUUCUGAGAUUGUUGGUGACAGUGCUGAACAAUUUGAGGAUGCUCACUGCGUGCUUAUCACGAACCCAGCUGAGGACUCAUGGGAGGAUCCAGCUCUGGAGAAGCUUCAUCUGUUCUGUGAAGAAAGUCGCAGCUAUAACGAGUGGGUUCCUGAGAUCACUCUGCCCGAGCGUUGAUCUGGAGCUUUACUCUGUUGAGAUGCUGUAAACCUUGAGGAAUACUCGACUCAUCCUUCGAAGCAAGGAUGCUGAUGUUUCCACAUCCCUGGAUGCUCCUGAGGAGGCUGAACCAUCCAGGCAGCGCGAGGCAGGUCCGAGUGGCCCUCGCGGUUCUACGUCGUUCCUCGUCCCGUCCAUGCCAAGAUGAUCCUCAUUCUUUAUGUGAACGAGGUCAGGUAUGCCACGAGAGCGACACCAUGGCCCUCAUUCUUUGUGCGGAUGAGGUUUGGAGAGAAAGGAGAAGCGAGGUUUGCCUCUGUUCCACAGAGCAAAUAUCGCAUGCGUUGGACACGCAGAGGACGCAGCGGUGCGUCGAAGCAACGUUUUUAAAAAUGGACUUUAACAUCUCAGACGUUUUUAAAAAUGGAAUUGCUGCACGAUAUAACGUACUUUAUUGUCGGCAAUGUGCUUUCCACUUUCCAGAAUUGUCUUAUUCUCUAAAGGUUUCACUUUAGAAAUAUAAAAAUGACAUAAAAUGGGUGAAAAAAAAGAGAGAGAGAAAAAAAAAACUAACUCAAAAAUCUCUAAAGGUUUCACUUUAGAAAUAUUUAUAUGACAAAAAAGAAGGAAAAAAACGAACUUAAAAAUCUCUAAAGGUUUCACUUUAGAAAUAUUUGAUAUAAAAUGUAAAAAAAAGUAAUUAAAUGUUGUUUGACUUUGCAUUACAACUUUUGCAUUGUAUAA